AAUUUGCACAUGCUGUGGGACUUGUGAUAACACGUGGUGUUACAAGGUAAUAUUAUAUUUUAUAUAUUAAAUAAAAAUGUCAGAUAGCGAUUCAUCAAGUCCAGAAAUCGACAAUGAAAGCGAGGGCGUUACUCAAGAAGUUGUAGAACAGUCUGAACAGGCCCAAGUGACUUGGAAAGAUUUGGGUCUUGUAGAUGCGCUUUGUAAAGCAUGUGAACAGUUAAAAUGGAAAGAACCAUCGAAUAUACAAAAGGAGGCGAUACCUGUGGCGUUACAAGGAAAAGAUAUUAUUGGAUUAGCCGAGACGGGCUCGGGUAAAACGGCUGCAUUUGCUUUACCCAUACUUCAGGCGCUUUUGGAAAAUCCACAGAGAUAUUUUGCACUGAUUUUAACACCUACCAGGGAAUUAGCAUUUCAAAUAUCUGAACAGUUUGAAGCCUUAGGUUCAAGCAUAGGGGUAAAAUGUGCAGUAAUAGUAGGAGGCAUGGAUAUGAUGUCCCAAGCACUGAUCCUAGCCAAAAAACCUCACAUUCUAAUAGCAACUCCUGGCCGUCUGCUUGACCAUUUAGAAAACACAAAAGGUUUCAGUCUCAGAGCUCUAAAGUUCCUUGUGAUGGAUGAGGCAGAUAGAAUUUUGAACAUGGAUUUUGAAGUUGAAGUGGAUAAGAUUUUAAAAGUAAUUCCCAGGGAGAGGAGGACAUUUUUGUUUUCAGCUACUAUGACACAAAAAGUUAAGAAAUUACAGAGGGCCUGUCUGCAGGAUCCUGUUAGAGUUGAGGUCUCCACUAAAUAUCAAACUGUGGAGAAGCUACAGCAGUAUUAUAUUUUCAUUCCUGUGAAAUUUAAGGAUGUCUAUUUAGUGAACAUUUUGAAUGAGUUGGCUGGUAACAGUUUUAUGAUUUUCUGUUCUACAUGUAAUAAUACAAUAAGAACAGCUCUAAUGUUAAGAAACCUAGGAUUAACUGCUGUGCCUCUGCAUGGUCAAAUGUCCCAGAAUAAAAGAUUGGCUGCAUUAACAAAAUUCAAGGCGAAAAAUCGAUCUAUUCUGAUAUCUACGGAUGUGGCAAGCAGAGGUUUAGAUAUACCACAUGUAGAUGUUGUUAUCAACUUUGACAUACCAACACACAGCAAGGACUAUAUUCACAGAGUGGGAAGGACUGCACGAGCUGGAAGAUCUGGUAGGGCUGUGACUUUUGUUACACAGUACGAUGUUGAGUUGUAUCAGCGAAUAGAGCAACUAAUAGGCAAGCAACUACCAUUAUAUAAAACCGAGGAAGAUGAAGUUAUGGUACUGCAAGAAAGAGUUGCUGAAGCGCAGAGAAUUGCCAAAAUGGAAAUGAAAGAUAUAACUGACAAGAAGGGUGGCAAGAGGAAGAAGGGAGGCGAUGAUGAUGACACAGAAGAAGCGACGGGCGUGAGGAAGAGAUUAAAAGGUGGAAAAGGUGGUAAACAAAAGAAAACUGGAAGAAAGAAGUAAAUUUAGUAUAUAGUGAAUAUUUAUGUACAUAUAUUUUUUAAUAAAAUGUUUGAAAAAUGGA